AUGAAAGCUAAAUUGAAUAGGGAGGAUUAUUAAUUUCGAAAGAAAACAGGUUAAGAAUUGAUUAAAUAUCCUGGACAAUUAAAUGGGUUAGACUUUGUGGUCUCUAAUUGUGAAGAUUGCACAAUCUAUAUUUGUGAUCAUGCUGCAUAAAUAUUUGUGGAUUUGAGUAAGAAUUGCAAAAUCUUUAUUGGACCAGUUGAGGGCUCUAUCUUUGUUAGAAAAUGCGAGAAUAUUGAAAUAAGUGUUGCAUCAAGUUAAUUUAGAGUCUCAAAUUCAAAUAACAUCUAAUGUUUUGUCUAUACUUCAAGCGAUCCAGCACUUGAGAAAUCAACAGGCAUCAGUUUUGCUCCAUAUAAUUUCACUUAUCCUGGGAUCACUGAAGAUUUUGGGAAAGCCAAGUUGGAUCCCGCAAAUAAUAAAUGGAGUUAGGUUUUUGAUUUCACUCCUAAUGCUGAAGCCAGUAAUUGGACUCUCUUACAUCCUUCCUAAUUUCAUUUAGUAAGCAAAUCAUUUGAAGGCCUUGAAGAACCAGAAUAAUGUCCUGUUCCUAUCCCUACCACUUAUGGGGGAACAUGUACUAAGAAAAUCAUUUUGGGGAGUGCUGAUUAGAAAGCCAAUGGAUUGGAAUUCGAUUUUUUGAUGGGCAAAGACAAUGUCAAGAACCAAUAAUAAUUGUCUGAUGAAAAUCAAGUUUAUUUGGAGACUCAACUCAAACCAUCCAAUUAGAAAUAAGUUGAAUAGAUUUAAGGGAACUAUGAAGAGUUUGUAUUUGAUUAGGAAAGUGUUAAAAGUACAGAGCCUUAGGUCAAUUUGCAAAGUCAGACUACUUUUAAUGCAUUUGAUGAAUUGAUGGCUGUCGAUACUCAAUCAAACAAGUAAAGAGAAGUAUUUUAGAGUCAACAGAUGCUUAAGGAUGAUGCUGAAAGAAAACUAAAGGAGCAGAAAAGAAAAUAGGGUUAAGAAUAUUUAAAGAAGUUCAUGAGUGACUUUACAGAAUUAGCGAAUUAGAGAAAGAUACAAAAUAGAGCUAUUGUCAGGGAGAAGGUGUAGAAUAAGGAGGGAUGGAAGACAGUGAUGACAAAUAUAGAUGUGAAAGAUAAUGGAGGAGAAAAAGAUGUCAGUAAAAUGGCUUAAGCAAUUAAAAAUAAAUUCAUGGAUGUAUUAAAAUGA